AAUAAUCUGCAGAUUCCGGCCGGACUAAAUGCAUGGGAAUGCGUGAUAGUGAGAACAAUCCUCUUGUUGAUGAAAGACAUAAUAGAGUAGACCUAAUUUUAUGCAUAGAAAAAACUGAGUCUUUAGUGAAAGCAAACACUUCAAUAUCAACAAAAGGAAUUCACUGCAAAUUCAGUGAAUCCAUUACUAAAUAUAACGAAUUGGGAGUUGAUGAAGAACAUGGAAUAACUAAGCUUUCUAUCACAUCAUUGGAUACAGUUACCUCGGUCGAAAUCAUUGAUAAACAAUUCAACCUCAAAUUCGUUUAUGACCGUAAAUUUGGUUUGAAAUACAUUCCAUCUGGUCGCAAUGAAUGUGCCAUUGAAUAUAGCAGUUUUGCUGAUGAAUUCAAUUAUGUGGCUUCAGAAAAUUAUGCAAAGGAGUUUGCAAAGGAACUUUAUUUCCCCAAGAGUCCGGUUGAAUCACACAGCAAAAAAUUAUUGAUUGAGACUGAAUACAAUGCAAUGGUCGGUAAUGUAAAGUAUGAUUUGACUGUAAAAACCUAUUUAGAGCCACAUAAUGUCUCGAGAUUUUCCAUGGAAAGAGGAAGAAUCGGAGAUUUCUGUGUUCAAAUCGAUCUUUAUUCAAAAUUCUUCUCGCAUGAGAUCUCAUCCAAUUUUCACCUCAUCGAAGUUAGAUUGGUGUGCUUGCUUGAAAUUUCGACUUAUUUAGACGGAGAUGAGUUACAUCGGAUAAUCAGUUCAUAUUAUCAAUGCUUCAAAGACAGAAAGAACAAAGUUAUUCUCCGUUUAGACAUUUCAUUAUUAAAUCACUUGAUGUCAAACAAAAUUCACAAAUUGCAAGCCGAUAUUCAUAAUGUCAAAGAUGCAAUCCGAAGUUUGCUUAUUGAUAAAUUGAAUGUGUCGUUUUUGAGAAUAAACUGGAUUAAAUUGAACUUUUACGACUCAAAUAUGGUGGCAAAGGUUGAAAUUGUCGAUUCAUUUGUUACCCACUUUGAAUCAAAGAAAGGAGUUUUGCAUAAAUUUAAUAUCCAAUCAUCUGAAUCUGGCCAGAUUCAUACAUCAACCAUUGAUGAAUGUUUACGUCUUCAAGCUUCUAAAGUCAAUCUAAGUUAUGUUAUUACCUGUGAAAGAGGCCAUUAUUUAUGUCUUGGAAUUGCUCAUGGAGACUCAUUACCAGAUAAAGAUAACAAUGGAUUGGAUUGCAUGGUGUUUAGUAAUUCAGAUCAGCGUUUAUCCAGGCUUGCGGAUGAAGUUCCUUUGAAAGUAAUUGAAAAAUCUUAUCUCAAUUUGAAUGGAAGUCGAUUCAGCUCUGUGGGUAUUGAAUUUGCUGUAGUUGAUGUUACGAUUGGAGAUGGUAUACGCUUUGAUAACCCAGCAAAGGCGUCAUCGAGCUCAACUUGCGUAUUCUUCCUCAUAUUUUCCAUAUUGAUCACUAUUGUGAUAUUUGCUAAGUUUGCAUUUGACUUUAAACUGUUUCAAUGGCGAAAUUAUUCUCUUCGUGAUUACGUUUCGCUUAAAUUAUUAAAAUCAAGUAUCUGAUUCCUAAUAACAUUGCUAUGAUAAAAUCAA